CUCUAUAUAAUAUUAUAAUCACAACUAUAAUUACUACCUUUACUAUAUUCAUUUAUAAAUUUAGUCUCAAGGCAAACUUAACCCAACACAUGAGAAUCCACACAGGAGAGAGACCAUUCAGCUGUGAUGAAUGUGGACGUAGAUUCAGACACAAGAUGAGCUUAAAUGUACACAAGAGAAUCCACACAGGAGACAAACCAGUUCAAUGUGAUGUUUGUGGUAAAAUCUUUAGUCAUAAAAAACAUCUCAGUGUACACAUGAAAAUCCACACAGGAGACAAACCAUUCUGCUGUGAUGAAUGUGGACAAAGAUUUAGUCAAAAGACAAGCCUAACCCAACACAUGAGAAUCCACACAGGAGACAAACCGUUCAGCUGUGAUGAAUGUGGACAAAAUUUUGGUCGAAAGACAAACUUAAACCAACACAUGAAAAUCCACACAGGAGACAAACCAUUCAGCUGUGAUGAAUGUGGACAAAGAUUUAGUCGAAAGACAUACUUAACCCGACACAUGAGAAUCCACACCGGAGACAAACCGUUCUGCUGUGAUGAAUGUGGACAAAGAUUUAGUCGAAAGACAAGCCUAACCCAACACAUGAGAAUCCACACCGGAGACAAACCGUUCUGCUGUGAUGAAUGUGGACGUAGAUUCAGUCAAAAGACACACUUAAACCAACACAUGAGAAUCCACACAGGAGACAAACCAUUCAGCUGUGAUGAAUGUGGACAAAGAUUUAGUCAAAAGACACAUUUAACCCGACACAUGAGAAUCCACACCGGAGACAAACCGUUCUGCUGUGAUGAAUGUGGACAAAGAUUUAGUCAAAAGACAAGCCUAACCCAACACAUGAGAAUCCACACAGGAGACAAACCGUUCAGCUGUGAUGAAUGUGGACGUAGAUUUAGUCAAAAGACAACCUUAACCCAACACAUGAGAAUCCACACAGGAGACAAACCGUUCAGCUGUGAUGAAUGUGGACAUAGAUUUAGGCAAAAGACAAACUUAACCCAACAUAUGAGAAUCCACACUGGAGACAAACCAUUCAGCUGUGAUGAAUGUGGACAUGUAUUUAGUCACAAGACAACCUUAACCCAACACAUGAGAAUCCACACAGGAGACAAACCGUUCAGCUGUGAUGAAUGUGGACACAGAUUUAGUCAAAAGACACACUUAAACCGACACAUGAGAAUCCACAAAUAAUAGACAAUUUCCCUGUGAGGUUUGUGGUUAAUUUUUUUUAUGUGGCAUUUUU